AUGCAUCUUUCCAGUUUAACAAUAUUGAGUCUUGAGAAUUGUUUGAAGCUGGAAAGUCUCCCCGAGAGCAUUGGUGGGUCAGAAAAUCUUCGAGUAGUUAUUCUUUCCAAUUGUCCAAAGAUCGAAACGGUUCCAUACAUCCCUGGUAGUGUAGAAGAGUUAUAUUUAGAUAGAACCGCAAUUGAAGAACUGCUGCCAUUAGUGCAUCUAUCCACUCUCCUGAAAUUGAGUCUCAAAAAUUGUUUAAGACUAAAGAGUCUCCCAGAGAGCAUUGGUAAGUUUAAAUCUCUCCAGUGUCUUUAUCUUUCCGGCUGUUCGAAAAUCGACAGAUUGCCUGAUGGCCUCAAGAAUUUGAAGGCUGUGGAGGAAAUUGAAGUCGAGGGAAUUGGUAUAACAGAUAUACCUUCAUUGACUCUAACUUGUUUGAACAACCUGAAGAAAUUAUCGUUCCUGCGAUGUGGGCAUCAAAAGUCACCGGUUUCGCUGCUGUCCCAGUUGCCAGCCUGCCACAAACUGAAGCAUCUAAAUCUGGAGGACUGUUAUAUCGAAGUGUUACCAGAAAAUCUUGGUGAAUUACACUCGCUGACAUUUUUAUAUCUUGGUGGAAACAAUUUUGAGACACUUCCAGAGAGCAUCAAAGAGCUCUCAAAGCUGUAUGAGCUUGGUUUAAGCGAUUGCCGGAAGCUGAAGUCCUUACCCCAGCUUCCAGAUAAGUCACUACGUAUGGAAGCAAAGGGCUGCACAUCACUGGAAACGGUAUCAGGCUUACCAACUCAAUGCCUAAGCAUGGGAACUCACAAUGAGGAAAUCAGCUUUAUCAAUUGUUUCAAUCUGGAACUGAAUCUGACUGACACUCUGACCAAUAUUGAGAGAAAUGCAGAUCUAUGGUUUAGCUCGGGAGGAUAUAGCCUGCCAAAGGCUUCAAUAUGUUACCCCGGAAGCGAAAUUCCGGAUUGGUUUCCUUUUACAAGUCAGACAGGUUAUAUAGAGCUUCCAACAGAUUGGCUUAAUGAUGAUUUAAUUUGUUUUGCUUUUUGCGCUGUUGCAUCAUUCCGGGACUACGAAGAGGCUGAAGCUUUGCAAGUUCGUUGUUUUCUGGUAGUCAAUGAGGAGAUCGUUUCAGCUAGCUGCUUGUUUAAUGAAGAAGGGCAUGAAGUUAUUGAAUCAGAAGAGGCUAUUGAAUCAGGAGAUCAUUUAUUCUUAGGAUAUGACUAUGAAAUCAUGGCCCUGGAAUUGCUUACAGCCAGUUUGGAUAGCAAGGGCUACAUGGAGUUCUUUGUUGAGCAUGGAAGUAAUAACUGCAGGAAAAAAAGCGAAGUGAAGAACUGCGGAGUCAGAUUGCUGUACGCCAAAGAUAAAACAGCUACAACAGUGGAGAGAGACUUGAGAUUUCCUAAUGUUAUAAAUGCCUGCUUGAGUUCAUUGUAUAUGGGCAGCAAAAUUUUAGCACACCAUCAGCAUCGGAAGCGCAGGGACUGGCCAGACCCUGAAUGA